GGGCGGGAUGCGUCUCGGGGGGCGCGAAGGCGGCAGCGUCGGGGCAGUGGGACCGCGACCGAAGUGAGGCGCCAGGAAGGAGACAGCGAUGGCCGGGGCCGGGGGGUCCCCGCCGCCGGGCGGCUCCCUGCUCUUCUGGCUGCUGGUGUUGCUCCUGGCAGCCCCGCCGCCUCCCGGCGUGGAAGGGGCCGGCCUGGCCGACAGCGUGAUCUGGGCUGUGAACGCCGGCGGGGAGGCCCACGUCGACGUCCACGGCAUCCACUUCCGGAAGGACCCCCUCGAAGGACGGGUGGGACGAGCCUCCGACUAUGGCAUGAAGCUGCCGAUCUUGCGGUCCAACCCGGAAGAUCAGAUUCUUUACCAGACGGAACGCUACAACGAGGAGACCUUUGGCUACGAGGUGCCCAUCAAGGAAGAGGGGGACUACGUGCUGGUGCUGAAGUUUGCAGAGGUCUAUUUUGCACAGUCACAGCAGAAGGUUUUUGACGUGCGCGUGAAUGGCCACGUAGUGGUGAAAGACCUGGACAUCUUUGACAGAGUUGGACACAGCACAGCUCAUGAUGAGAUCAUUCCUAUUAGCAUCAAGAAGGGGAAGCUGAGUGUCCAAGGAGAAGUUUCAACAUUCACGGGAAAGCUUAACAUUGAGUUUGUCAAGGGGUACUAUGAUAAUCCCAAAAUCUGCGCACUCUAUGUUCUCGCGGGCACAGUGGACGAUGUUCCGAAGCUGCAGCCCCACCCAGGCCUGGAAAAAAAAGAGGAGGAAGAAGAGGAAGAGGAGUAUGAAGAGGGAUCCAGCACUAAAAAGCAGGCCAAUAAGAACCGGGUCCAGUCCGGGCCCCGCACACCAAACCCCUACGCCUCGGACAACAGCAGCCUCAUGUUCCCUAUCUUAGUGGCCUUUGGUGUCUUCAUUCCCACCCUCUUCUGCCUGUGCCGGUUGUGAGAGAGAGACAAGGCUGGCCUGGCACGAGGGACGGCGGGCUGGAGAGGAGGAGUCCUACCAAGCAUGGUGGCUGUUCUGGCUUCUCUACGUUCCUCGUAAUUUAAGGAAAAUAAAAGUUUGCUCAGAAGCAGCAGCAGGUACAAGAA